UUGUUGAGUUUAUUUGCAUGAGUUCUUGUUCGCUUCAGAUGUGAACUUCUGCUUAGAAUCUCAGGUUUGAGUUCUUUUAAUCUGCUAGUUAUGCAUUAAGAGGGUGUGUUUGAGAGUUUGUAAGAUGAUUCAGAGCUUAUAAGAUGUUGGAGGUGUUUGAUGGAACUUUGAGACAGUGUAAGAUGUUAUGAGGUUGUAAGGUCCUUUUGAAGAAAAACUAGGGAGUUUCCGACUUAUUUUUAAUAUUUUUUACAGACUCGUAAGUUAUGGUAAUUUUUGGACUAACUAGGUUGUUUUGUACUAAAAACAUAAUGCAGAUGUUCAUCCUCAGAUCCGGGUUUAUCAGUAUCGAUCUUGCACCGAGAUUGUCACUAGGAGAUCAUAGGGGUUGAUUUCAUGUGAGGAUUCAGUUAGUAUGAGAGAUGGACAAAAGGGCAUAGGUUCUUUUGAGAAUUUAUAGGUUGCUUUUGGUUGGUCUUUACUGUAUUUGUAGGAGUUGAGAGAGAUGAGAACCAUAGAGGAGAAAGGGUGUCCGCACAAUGGCACUACACAAGAAACUUCAGGUGGCAGCUGUAUGAGUUUUGAGUUCCACAAGAACAACGGGGUAAGUCGAACCAGUGCCCAUCAUCGAACGGCCUUAGGAAAGCCGACUCCAUCGAAAUGGGAUGAUGCCCAGAAAUGGCUGGUGAAUCUGUCAAGAGGGGAGAAGAAUCAGGCUAAGGCCUCGCCACGUAACUCCAAUGCUGAUGAUAGGAGACUGAUUGCACCGGUGCCGAAGAAGGAUUACUCGAGUGGAGAGGAGGGGGAGAAUGUUCGCUGUCCCGGUUCAAACGGGAUCGAUCAGUACGAAAUGGAGACAAAAAAUGUGGACUGCGACGAUUCGGUGUGGAGGAUCAGUAAGCCGGCUAAUAGUUCUCAGUCGGUGGUGAGGUCGAUAUGUGUGAGGGAUAUGGGGACAGAAAUGACACCGAUUGCAAGCCAAGAGCCGUCCAGGACAGCCACACCGAUCCGUGCUACUACUCCUGCUGCAAGAAGUCCAAUGUCUUCGGGUUCGUCGACUCCAGUUAGGUGUGCAAAUGGGGUGAUGGCCCUCGGUAAUUGUCAAAAUACUGCUACCCCGAGCGAGACGAGAAGUGAUGGUGGCAGGUAUAGUGGUGCGAUAAGACAAUUUAGUAGAGAUGGAGAAGAGAGUAAUGGUGGAAAAACGGCUGAGAAUAAGACCGGUGAUCAGUCUAGUAAGUUGAAUCCUUUGGAAACACGAGCCAUGGCCUGGGACGAGGCCGAGCGAGCUAAGUACAUGGCAAGGUACAAACGCGAAGAAGUGAAGAUUCAAGCUUGGGAGAAUCAUCAGAAAAGGAAAGCUGAAAUGGAGAUGCAGAAAACGGAGGUAAAGGCCGAACAACUAAAAUCUCGAGCACAAGAGAAGUACACAAACAAACUGGCAGCGAGUCGGAGGAUAGCAGAGGAGAAACGUGCAAACGCAGAGGCCAAGCUUAAUGAGAAGGCUGUCAAGACGUCUGAACGAGCGGAUUACAUAAGAAGAACCGGUCAUUUGCCAUCCUCUUUCUCCUUCAAGUUGCCUUCCUUCUGCUGUGAUGGUGAGUGUAACAUCCUGCAUCAAAUGGAGACGAGGGAGUUGAGCAACAUAUAAGCUUAAAUGGAAGCGCUGGUUCGUCAUGGAGAAGGCCCGCUGUUUAGGGCAUCGCUAGUCGAUGAUUUUGGAACACGAACGUUUCAGCCGAUCGACAUCGUUUCUCUUUUAAAUCCUAAAUUUGGAGAACAGUGACGAUAAUAUUGUCUUACAGUUGAACAACUGCAUCAUGUGUUCUUGUGUUUCUACAGAUUUGUUUGUGUUUUGCUAAGGAGAAAUCAGAUGGCUUGGUGUAAA